AUGUCGACAAUAAAGGAGAUCACCACUGAGGACGAGUGGCGCGCCCAUGUCGCCGCUCUGCACAAGGAGACCCUCCUUAUUAUCUCCUUCCACGCACCCUGGGCCGCACCUUGCGCACAGAUGGCCACCGUCCUCAAGACUCUCGCAUCUGAGUAUCCCGUCACCGACCCGCCGCAGACGAGCUGGGUCUCGCUCAACGCUGAAGAGCUCAGCGACAUUAGCGAAACCUACGACGUCACAGCUGUCCCCUACCUGGUACUCCAGCGCAGCGACACCGUACUCGACACCGUCAGCGGGAGCAGUGCAGUCAAAGUCAGAAACGCAAUCGAGACACAUGCCAAGAAGGCCGCAGGUGGCGCGCCCAACGGUACGGCGGCUGGCGCAGCCGGCGCAGUGGAGCAGAAGGACGAGGUCGACACGGCUGCAGAUCCCGAGAAGGCAAAGGAGGAGCUGUUCAAGAGGCUGGGCGAGCUCGUCAAAGCCGCACCGGUGAUGUUGUUCAUGAAGGGUACCCCCAGCUCCCCGCAAUGCGGCUUCUCGAGACAACUGGUGGGAAUUCUGCGAGAUCGGAGUGUCAAGUACGGUUUCUUUAACAUCCUGGCCGAUGAUGAGGUGCGGCAAGGCCUGAAGGAGUACGCUGAGUGGCCGACAUAUCCUCAACUCUGGAUGGACGGCGAACUGGUUGGAGGGCUGGACAUUAUCAAGGAGGAGCUGGAGGGCAACUCUGACUUCUUCCAAUCAUACAGUGUGGCAAAGGAGGGAGCUGCUGCUGCAUGA